UCCAGGGGUGCCAGGGGAUGGUCUGCGCUGGGGGGAGAAGGUGGCCGCCAAGGGGUGCGGUGUGCCGGGAUCCGCCAGGGGAUUAACGGGGCCCAGGGGGAUUCGGACUCAGCCCCGGAGAGCAGCAGGAGCAGGGUUCGAAUCCCACCUCAGCCACUUGCUACCAGUCCACUACUGUAAAUCUAAACCGAGGGCCAGAGCAAUGACCUCUAUGGUCCCUCUCAGCUUUAAGUGUUUGAGUCAGGGGACCUGAGUCUGAAUUUGCCCCUUAUGCCUACCUGAGCUUGGACAGGUCACUUCCUCGGGCUUCACAUGCCCGGACCUGAGGCUGCACAAGGUCACCCUUGGCUCCAAUCCAGUGAGCCUCUGAUGCACCAGAGGGGCAGCCAUCCAGAAGUGUGAGGGGAUGGAAAGGGAAGAAACGGGAUUCUGUCAGGAGGGAUUGGGCAGGCCAGAGAGGCCUGGAUGGGCUGAGGAGCCCCGGGCGGGACAAGGACGCCUGGAUGGGUUGAGGAGGCCUGGGUGGGCCGAGGAGGCCUGGGCAUCUGGAGCUGGUACUUCCCGGCGGUCCUCAGUACAGGCUUUCCUCCUCCCGGCCCUGGUCCCCCUCCUGAACCCUUAAGGGAGGUAGCCAAGGGAGUAAGCAUUAAUGCAGCGCCUACUAUGUGCCAGGCCCCCUAACUCGCCUCCUUCUGCCCUUGCAGCUGUCCAGAAGUUGGAAUGGGCUGUGAGCCAUGAAUGGUGAUGCCCCUUGCCAGGACACCUCCUCCCAGGUCCCUGACUGGCGGGAGUUCUGUGAGCUGCACGCUCAGGCGGCGGCGGUGGACUUUGCCCAGAAGUUCUGCCGGUUCCUGCGGGAGAACCCUCAGUACGACACGCCGGGGGCCGAGGCUUCCUUCUCCCACCACUUUGCCACCAACUUCCUGGACGUCUUCAGCAUCGAGGUGAGCCGGGUCUUCGUCUCCGACUCGCCCACCAAGUACAACAUCGUCCCCUUCGUGGGGCUCCAGCCCUGCCACAUGCCCAAUGCCCGCGGGCCGCUGCCCUGCCGGGAAGAGACCUCUACUGAGUCCCUGGACAGCAUGGACCCCGUGGCCGGGCCGCCGCCGGCCCGCUACCUGAGCCAGGCCCAGCAGGCCCAGGCCCACAAGGUUUCUUCCUAUGGCCACUCCCGGAGCUCUGAGGAUGUGUCUUUGCGCACUGCGGCCAAGCCGCGGUUCAAGAAGGGCUUCUCCCUGCGCAACAUGAGCCUGUGCGUGGUGGACGGUGUGAAGGAGAUGUGGCACCGACGCGCCUCCCCCGAGCCCGAGGCGGGCCAACCUGCCGGCCUCCGAGGCGGGGAGCCCCCGGCUGAGCCCCGGGAGAAGUGGGCCCAGCGCCUGCGGCUCUCGCGGGGCCCGGCCUCCAAGGUGGAGCUGGCGGACAUCCAGCGGGAGGGCACGCUGCGCUACAUGGUGGCCGACGACUCCAGCUGCGUGGGAGGCUCCCAGUGGCAGAAGUGCCGGCUGAUGCUCCGCAAGGCCGUGAAGGUGGAGGGCGAGCGCUUCCUGCUAGAAUUCUACGUCCCGCCCAAGGCCUCCAAACCCAAGGUGAGCAUCCCUCUCUCUGCAAUCAUCGAGGUCCGGACCACCAUGCCCCUGGAGAUGCCAGACAAAGACAAUACUUUUGUGCUAAAGGUGGAGAACGGAGCCGAGUACAUCCUGGAAACCAUUGACUCCCUACAGAAACACUCGUGGGUGGCCGACAUCCAGGACUGCACAGACCCAGGAGACAGCGGAGACGACAUCGAACUCUCGUCCUGUGCACAGGGAGGCUGCCUCCCGGGCCGGGUGUCUUCCUGCAGCUGUGAAUUCCUCACCGACGCAGAUGGUCCGCGGGCCCCGGAGAGGUGCUCUGGAGCCCCAGAAUCCUCGCUGGGUGCCGUGGUCACGGCCCCUCAUGGCAGGGCCAGGGACUCCACGGGCGAGCACCUGACCCACGUCCCUCUCGAGAACUUCCUUCAGACCCUGGAGUCUCCCGCCAGCACCAGCCACACAGGGGAGGAGUGCAGCCAGGUGGAUGUGGAGAUAGUCCUUUCGGACUAUCCCUGGUUCCAUGGGACUCUGUCCAGGAUCAAGGCGGCCCAGCUGGUGCUGGCAGGAGGAGCCCGGAACCACGGCCUAUUUGUCAUCCGCCAGAGCGAAACUCGGCCAGGCGAGUACGUGCUGACCUUCAACUUCCAGGGCAAGGCCAAGCACCUGCGCCUGUCCCUGAAUGAGAAUGGCCAGUGCCACGUGCAGCACCUCUGGUUCCAGUCCAUCUUUGACAUGCUGAGGCACUUCCACACCCACCCCAUCCCCCUGGAGUCUGGAGGAGCUGCCGACAUAACCCUCCGCAGCUACGUGCUGGCCCAGGCCCCCUUACCUGACCCUGGCCCGGCUCCAGGCACGGUCCCCCCGCCUCCCAGCUGCUGGAGUGAGCCCCCCACCCAGCAUUACUUCUCUAGCUUCGGCCCCGGGCCCUUCCAGCCGGCUUCCCCCUCAGAGGGCGGAGGCGCCUCUUCCUCCUCGGCCUCCUCCUCCUCGGGCACCGUCCCGCACCCGCAGUACCAUCGCACCGAGGGCACGCUGAGCGCCCGAAGCCGCAGCAACAGUGCCGAGCGCCUCCUGGAGCCUCCUGGCCCCGGGUCCGAGGACUAUCAUGACAGUGAAGGUGCCCGCAACAGGACCCGGGCAGUAGAGAACCAGUACUCUUUCUACUAGGCCCAGGGAGCAGAGUCCCCGGGGCUUCUGGGCAAGGACACCCCCUUCUCUGAUGGGGGCGGGGACUGUUUGACCCAAUACAGUUCCAGAGGAAUCCUCUGAGUUUCGGAGCUGGCCACGUCCUCUCCCCUUUCUUCCCCUUCCCUCCCCCAUUUUUCUCUCUGUCUUGGUCACACCUCCCUGGGUCACUGCUCUGGAAACAUGCCCCCUGACCCAUUCUGGGGGAGGGGGCACGGGCCACUGCCGCGUGGCCAGGAUCCGCUGUCCCUUUCCCACUCCUCCGUCCUCCCUUCCCUCCUCCCCCCAUGGAGCGGCCCAUGGGUCAUGAGAUUGAGUGCUCUAUCAGAAGCUCUUCAGUGAAGAUAUGGAUGUGAUUAAAGAGCCUGUUUUAGGGACUGCAGCAA